GAUAGCUCAGAGAUAUGGUUAAGUGGUGGACUGGUACGGUUGGAUCGGAUGAUCUCAAAGGUCUCUCCCAACGAAACAGUUCUAUGGCUUUUUGGUUCCUGCUUCCCCCCGCCUGGGCUGCACCUCUUCCCCUGCGUUUGUUCUACGUGCGGCUGCAGGACGGACACUGCUCCUUCGUGCUCCGUGAUCCCCAGGACUUAAACCGUGUUUCUUUCUCCUCAGGCGUCCGCUUUUUCUGAGGGAGGCUUGGAAUGGGUCCAGAGAAGGCUACAGAGAUGAUCCCAAGGCAGGCUGAGAGAGUUGGGGUUGUUCAGCCUGGAGAAGAGAAGGCUCCGAGGAGACCUUGGAGCAGCCUUUCAGUACCUGAAGGGGCUGUAGGAAAGCUGGGGGUUUACAAGGUCAUGUAGUGAUAGGAGGAAGGGUAUUGACUUUAAAUUGGAAGGAGGAAGAUUCAGAUGAGACGUUAGGAGAAAUUCUUAACAAUACGAGCAUGGGGAGGCACUGGCACAGGUUGCCCAGGGAAGUUGUAGCUCCCCCAUCCCUGGAGGUGUUCAGGGCCAGGCUGGAUGAGGCCCUGAGCAGCCUGGUCUGGUGGGAGGUGUUGCUGCCCAUGACAGAGGGGGUUAGAACUGGAUGGGCUUUAAGGUCUCUUCCAACCCAACCCAUUCUAUGAUUUACUCAUUUCCUUCUCUUUGUUCCUUUUCCCCAAAUAUAUCUGUCAACAGGAGGGAAGGAAGGAGAAGACCCUGUUUGCUGGAAGCACAUUUCUGAGUGUGGUGGUUUUGCUGAUUUCCAGCAUGGCUGGAAGGCUUAGCCUUUCAGCCACAAGUGACGUGCACUUUUUGAAGGCUGCUGUGUUUGUUCUUAUCUGUGGCUGUUUAUCUUGUGACAAAGCAUGAUAUGUUUAGAGUUUGCAGUAGACAAGAUUAGGAGCAUGGGUAGCAUGUGAUAUGGAUGCCACCGGUGACUCUUAGCUAAUCUUAAAUCUAUAGCUGCUGGUGGCUAAGAAAUUGCUCUGCACAUUAUAACACUUAAAAAAGCCUUGGCAUUGUUAUUGGUGGAGGGUGAGAAAGUGGGCAGCGUCACUUGCUGACUUUCUCUCUGCUAACUUGAAACUAGUAUGUUCGUAACUCGGUGCUGAUCAUAGAUAAUAGAUGUUUGUGUCCAACAUGGAUUGUAUUCAUGCUGGGGUGCUGUGUGAAUGAACCUGAGAAGGAUGUGCUAGAUACUCUGGUAGCCAGUAAGGACUCCGAAGAAUGCAGGAGAUUAAUAUUCUGCCUUACUACUGCUAUAUAAGAAAAUUUCAUUGUAGCUUUGUUUCAUGAAUUUUAAGUAAGUGCUGAACAGGAAACUUUUUCAAGUGUUCCUUUUAUUCCUUAGAUAUCAGGAUCCAGCUGUGCCAUGGCAGUUCGAUAGUAUGACUGUGACAGUGUGCACUGCCAGAUCCUGAAACAUCUUUUUAUGUGAAGCCAAGUUCUCUUAUGUUGGUACUAAAAUUAAUGUGUUUUCUGUGCAAACUUUUGUCUUGUAUGACUGCUUAUUUAUCUAGGUGAUCUCUACUUAUGGCAUUCAGUACUGGCAUGCAAAAUUUGGCCUGUUUCUUUUCUGGGGUCUUUUGCUUCACUAAAUCCUGCAGAUUCUGUAGGAAACUUUCCUUGAGUCAUGAUUACAGGGCCAUGGUGAAUGUAAUUGUUGUGUUGCAUUUCCAUCUCUUCUGAAGAUUCCUGCUUUUGCUCACCUCCUGCAAUACCCCUUGAAAGCUUAGUAGAGAGGGUCUUCAUGUAACUCGCUGAGAAAUGGUUCCACAAGAGGACAGCACCAACACUAACACUGUUAAAAUGGGGAUUAUCUUCACUUCAACGUGAUGUGUGAAGUUUGUUAGCAUCUUUUUUUUUUUUUUUACAGUUAUUGUGAAAGGUUACAAAUGGUGUGGGUUUUUGUCAUGAAUCGAAUGAGCUCCCAGAGCAGUUCAUCCACUCAGCGUAGGCGAAUGGCUCUAGGAAUUGUCAUUCUUCUCCUCGUUGACGUGAUAUGGGUUGCCUCUUCAGAACUCACUUCUUACGUUUUUACAAAAUACAACAAACCUUUUUUCAGUACAUUUGCAAAAACAUCCAUGUUUGUUCUAUACCUCUUGGGAUUUAUUGUUUGGAAACCAUGGAGGCAACAGUGUACGCGUGGAUUUCGUGGAAGGCAUGCAGCUUUUUUUGCAGAUGCUGAAGGUUAUUUUGCUGCUUGUACAACAGAUAACACUGUAAACAGUUCUCUGAGUGAACCUUUAUAUGUUCCUGUAAAGUUUCAUGAUUUGCCCACUGAAAAAAAUGGCAGUAAUAAUAGCGAUACAGAGAAAUCUCCCAAAAAGCCACGUGUAAGGUUCAGUAAUAUUAUGGAGAUUCGGCAGCUUCCAUCGAGCCAUGCAUUGGAAGCAAAGUUGUCUCGUAUGUCAUAUCCAACGGUUAAGGAACAGGAAUCAAUAUUAAAAACUGUAGGAAAACUCACUGCAACUCAAGUAGCAAAAAUUAGCUUUUUCUUUUGCUUUGUGUGGUUCUUGGCGAAUUUCUCUUACCAAGAAGCUCUGUCAGAUACCCAGGUUGCCAUAGUUAAUAUCUUGUCUUCAACCUCUGGACUUUUUACUUUAAUCUUAGCUGCAGUCUUUCCCAGUAACAGUGGAGAUAGAUUUACCCUGUCCAAAUUAUUAGCUGUUAUUUUAAGCAUUGGUGGUGUGGUACUUGUUAACCUUUCUGGAUCUGAGAAAUCUGCUGGAAAAGAUACAAUAGGUUCCCUUUGGUCUCUUGUAGGAGCAAUGCUGUAUGCUGUGUACAUAGUAAUGAUAAAAAGGAAAGUAGACAGAGAAGAUAAACUUGACAUACCAAUGUUCUUUGGUUUUGUAGGACUGUUCAAUCUGUUGCUGCUGUGGCCAGGGUUUUUCCUGCUUCACUAUACUGGGUUUGAAGCAUUUGAGUUUCCCAACAAACUGAUAUGGAUGUGCAUUGUCAUUAAUGGCCUUAUUGGAACAGUUCUGUCAGAGUUCCUCUGGCUGUGGGGAUGCUUUCUUACCUCAUCACUGAUCGGCACACUUGCGCUAAGCCUUACAAUACCUCUGUCCAUAAUAGCCGAUAUGUGCAUGCAGAAGGUCCAGUUUUCCUGGUUAUUUUUUGCCGGGGCAGUCCCUGUAUUUUUUUCUUUUUUCAUUGCAACGCUCCUAUGUCACUAUAACAACUGGGAUCCAGUGAUGGUGGGAAUCAGAAGAUUUUUUGCCUUUAUCUGUAGAAAACAUCGAAUUCAGAGAAUGCCGGAAGAAAGUGAGCAGUGUGAAAGUCUUAUUCCUAUGCAUAGCGUUUCACAAGAUGGAGACAGUUGCUGUUCAUAGACAAAAGUUUAAAAAUGGAGUGAUGCCUAACGAAGAGACAGUCUUCUGGAAAAGUCCCUAAGGAAUCACGUUUCAGUGCCUAUUCUGAAUUUGUAGUAAAAAUUAGAAGUUUCAGUUCUUUUGGAACUCUAAACUUUUCCUCUUUCUUGCUUUCAUCUGGUUUUAUAAGUGAAAAAAACUACUACAUGCCUGUCACCAUAGGAAGUCUUAGUCCAUCUGAGAACCAACCUGCCUUAUAACACUGAGCUGGUGAAGUUACUUGACAAAAUCAAGAAAACAAAUGCUGUUAAGUCAUUUCUUUCUUUUUUUAACUCACAAUUUUGUUAAAUGCUGGACAAUAUUAUUUUUAAAAAUACUUUCGAAUGAGUUAUGUAAAUAAGUUUGCAGGUCAUCAAGUCUUACAGGCUUUCAGAUGAAAAGCUAGAUUUGUUACCUUUAGUAGGUACAAAUUAACUUUUUAAUGUUGUAUAAACUAUUUGCAUAGUAAUAGAAGAAAUAAUUUAUUAAGUGCAUUCUGGUAAUUAUUGAGGCAGGAUCUUUGUACGGUCCUGGAACACUACGUAUAUAUUGUCUUAUGCCAUUUUGAGAAGCCUUGUAAUGGCAGUGGGUGCCAAUGUUUAAAAGUCUUUUGUUACGUAACAAUCUGGAAUGUUUAAAAUUUUAGUGAAUGGUAAAAUAUUUCUAAUUACAGUAUAUUGGGGUGUACAUUCUCAAAACCAAAGUUUGCUUUAAACAGACUGAUUCUUUAGCCCAUUCUUAUUCCCAAUUAUCUCGCAAGGAGAACUAAAUUUGUAAAUAUUCACAUGUAUAGCUGCCAACUUAGGAAAGAGAUCAAAUUUAUUGUGAAAGUUUUCCGUCAAGGGGUUGGUGCUACAGUAAUCUGCUAAACAAUCUGAAAGAUACAGGUCUUUGCAUUGAUUUUUUUUUUUUAUUCCAGUUGCAUCAAUAAAUUUAUUCUAAAAUUGAUAAUUUUCCUUAUAACCUGCGUAUUCUUGCCGCUGCAGUGCUUCUGUCGUAUUUGAUUCUGAAAAGUUAUGAAUAAUUAUAUUCAGGACUAUUUGAAAUUAGUCAGUGCCAUUUUCCAACUUAUGGUAUAUAAGACACAUUCAAGCUAAUUUCAACUUUUGAUAGAUUUUAUUUUUUUUUAAUGAAUGUAGGAUGGAUUUUCAGCCAACAUUAUUCUCUUCCACAUCACGAGAUUAUUAAUAAUAUAGGGCACUUCUAGAAUUCUUGCACAGAAAUAUAGAAGGAUGACAUAACUCAAAGGCCUCUUCAUGUUUUGACACUCAUCAAUGACUCUUCCAAAGGAAACUUUGGUGAUUUGGUGAUACAGCUACUAGGUAACAGGAAGUACAGGAAACCAACAUGCUCAGCUAUACAUUUAGAAGGAUUGACUAGCAAGCAGCUAGAAUUUAAUAGAAAAAUCUGUAAGUAGAGAAGGGGAAAAAGGAGCCUGCAGGAUAUUCUGGGCAGAUAUUGCACCAUUAUCAAUUUUUUCCUUCCAGUUUUAAAUACUGGAUUACCGUACAAGUUUCAGUGAUUUAAGGCAUCUCUUUAAGAUGAGAUAGUAAGUCCUUCUUUGAACACUUGAAAUAGGAAUUAAAGAAAAAAACCAAACCAAACCAAAAAAAACCUGAACAAAACCAAGCACAGAACCAAACCACAACAAAACCACAAAUCCAAAACAAAACAAAAAAGUUUAUUAAAUUUAUGUAGGUAUUUUGAGAAACUGCAUAUUUCAAUUCCCAAACCCCACAAUUAGAGGGGUUGAAAAUGCAGUAUGCAGCACUAAUUUUGCAUGUGACAUUGGUAGAAUUUUCAGGGAGUGUUUGGGAAAUGGAGUUUCCUUAGCUUGGUUUGGUUUUUUAAAGGAUUGGUGAGGGGUUUUUCCCCCUCUAAAUUAUGAUGACUUACACGAGAUUAGCUUCAUCUUUUUUUCCAAGAUGUAAUAUUAAGGCCUGCUGGCAAUAAAAAGCUAGUGUCCGUUUUCGUUGAAUGAUAUGUUUCAAUGAGAUCAUACAGAAUAUAUAAUACCAGGCAUUAACUACAAAUUUGAAUCAUCUGGGACUUGUGGUAUCAGCAGACUAUGUCUAGGGAAGCUGAGCAGGCUUCUGGAUAAGCAAUUACAAUGUUCUUAAGCAAAAUAUUCUAAUACGUUCUUUUGAAAUUGGUCAGACUGGUAGAAUUGGAACUGGACGAUCACUAUUCAUAUUUGACCUUAUGGCUUAAAGUGAAAGAUCAUUAUAGUCCCCUGUGUACUAUGAGAAUAUUCUUUGUCUCAGACCUUAGGAAUGUUGAAGAGUGUUUUUGUUCAGUAAACUCAAAGUUAGGGCCUACCCACUGUUUUCGGCUUUUUUUGGGUUUUUUUUGUUUUUUUUUUAACAAAAAUGAGUUAAUUUUUUUUUAAAGACAUUAGAUGUUUUAAUCACAAGGUAUUAGGUAGCUUGAGCAGUCUUUUUGCAUUAAAUCAUUAAAUCACAGUUCUUUAAGAAACAAAGCAAACUAUUCCUCCUGAAAGGAUUUUUAAACAGUGGUACCUCUGCAGUUACAAGAAAAGUGUUACAGUUUUAAUUACAGAAGCUAUGACAUCUAAUGUUGUUCUGCAUUUAAUAGAAUGUGAUGAGCUUUUUCUAUAAAAUCUUGUGAUUUUUAGUACAAUAGUAUUUUAUAAACAUAAUGUCUAAUUUGAAAUGUAAAUUGCGUAGCUCUCUAAUGGGUGCUUGGUAUAUGCACAAGAGAUCUAGCUUUGAUUCUCAGGUACCUCUGACGUAAUGGAGACAUGCUGGUUUUUUCUUCCUCAUGACACAACUGGAAUGUGAAGGAGCUCUCUCAUAAAUGCUUUACCUCUAUGUGCUAGCAUAAAUUGUCAUAGCUUUUACUGUUUCAAUUUGGAAAUGUCAUCAUUCUGGUUUAUUUCUUGUAGGAAGCACAUACACUUUAAAAGAAAAAUGAAUUUUUUUCUCAAGCAUUUCUUUGAAUGUCAUCAGAUGCUGAAGGAGCAGUGAUUUCCUGUGCCUACAAAAUGGAAAAUGAAUACUACGUGUGUUGCUCUGUCAAACAGUUGAACUAAUCACUGUAAUCCCGUGAGACAACCAACAAUUUCUUCUGUGUGUGAUGGAAGUUUUGGAGCUGUUUGGGUUUUAUAGAUGGAGGAAAUUAUGAUAAUUUGCCAAAUGCCAUGUAGCAUGCCUUUGGUUUUAGGGUUUCACGUAGUCUUGUGUAGUUUGACGUACUAUGUGCUGCACUCCAGAACAAAGGAAAAAGGAUUUCAGUUUUUCUGGCUACUUCCUGUUAGGUUCCAGCCAUGCUGAAAAUGUGUUCAUUAUGAGCAGCUGAUGUAAAUGUAAAACUGAUUCAGCAGAAGACUGGAAUACAUGCGACAUCAGUAUUCAACAGUUAGUUAGAAAGUAUGAGGCACAUGAACACCACUGCAGACAGUGAGGGCGCAAUGCUUCUGUUGCUCAGUGUGCACUGUGUCUUACCUGUUGGUUUAUUGCCUGUGGAAAUCCCCGUAAUGGGGUGAGGGCUGUAGUAGGUGAUGGAUUUGGCUUGUCAUGGAGUUGAGCCGGAGUGGUCUGCACAGUGGAACUCAGAAGCAGGGUGGCUAAGGCAAUGCGUGGUUAUCUCACUGCUCAAGUAUUUAAAGUAUAAAAUACUGAAGUAUUCUGCAGAAAUGCAUUGUUAAGCAGUGGGAUUCUUUGAAUGACAAACCAUGGUGCUGCAUGUGAUACUUGACCCAGUAUGCUGGUAUAUGCAUUGCAUACCUCCGUGGAACAUACCAGCAAAACCAGGAGAGCCUGCAGAUUACUUUUUUGGUGUGUGCUGUUGUAAUUGUCAUUCUCUUUCACCGUUCCCCUUGUGCCUAGGUACUGCUGUUCAUAACUAUGAUUACUUUAAAUAAGGUGGUAAAGUGAUAUCUUUGUAAUUCUUGGUUCCAUCUCUGUGUAGAAUGUUAUCAUUCCUAUUCCCUACGAAAAGAUCCUCCUGUAUUAGGGAAGUUAAGUUAUUGAGCUAAACUAAGCUAUCAAGAGGAGGGGUAAAACAUGUUUUAGACAUAGGGUGAGUUUAUGAACACACUUUCAAAUUUCCUCUAAGAAUAGCCCUGGUUAAGGCAGAGUGUUUGUAUGUUUGUAAACAAAGUUCAGAAGUGGCAUACUCAAAAGGCAAGAAACAGAGACUAAUGUUAAUAUCACAGUGUUGAGUUAUAUGACUAGCUAGAAGAUGGUACUUCAAUCAGUUUUCUUUAUUCAGAAUAAGUUUUGAGUUAGUUUCCAUUUCUGUUGCCACCGUCUUAGGCAGCCUCUGCAAUGUAAUUGUUGUAACUGCAGUAGCAUUUAAGUGUUGGUUCAUAAACAGGUAUUAUGCAUGAUUCUCCCUUCCCCCAUCUAAUCUAGGAUUGCAUUAAUGCUGUAUUUGGUUUUACAAGGUUAUUGCAGGGCAUGAUUUCUCAGGGAAAUAUGGAUGAUACCAUGCAUUGUGAGAGCUGAUAACUAAUUCAUGCUUUUAAAAUCAUUACAAAUAUUUUCAGGUUUUACUCAAACAUUUCACAUCAUAAUUUUCUCAUUGAACUUCCUUGGGCUUAUCAGGUAACUCAUGACGAGAAUGUUAAGAGUGUUUAAAAGUGUCAAUAAAAUACACUCUGCCCAACACUGUUACAUUUGAGACAAGCAUCUAUUCUAAACUGAUGCUGCAAUUUGUGUGUGGCUUUUCUACUUUAUUGUAUUCUGUGCCACAUAAAUUAAUGGUUGCACUGUUGAUUUCGAAGCUGCACAUACACCAUGACAGUGACAUUAACUUUCAGGGUUAGGCAGUGCUAUAGGAAUACAUGAUCUGAUUCUAGGGUAGAGUGGCUGUAUAAAUCUUCUAUCUUACAUAUAUUCAUUUAUAUCAUUAAAUUUUUACAAAGUCUGUUCCCUUUGAGGAUUUUUGUUUUUCCAGUUAAGUUACUUUGGCUAGACUGGGAUGCGAUCCAAAGCCCUUGAGAGUGACAGACAGCAUUAAUAAAGUAAAUUUUUGUUGAAAACAAACUGUGCAGUCAGAUUGACCUUUAUGCCUUUGCAGUAUUUCUGUCUGCUGCAUGCAUUUGGAGUGGUUCGCUUUAAGACUUCAGUAAUAUAAAUUUGAGGGAUUUUAGUGCUGGUAAAAAUGAUAAACAGUACUAUAGCUGGUCACAAAAAUAUUUCCCUAUAGUUAGGAUUCAGCUUAAUUAUUUAGAGGGCAAGUUUGUCUUGCUACAUGAAUUCUCUUCAAAGUCAGCAGUGUAGAAAGUGUUAACUGCUUAGGUGUGUAUUUUAGGAGAAAUUUUUUUUGUUAGUGAGAAUAUGUGAUUGUAGUCAUUGUGGCCUUGACGAUCAGCUUCCUCUUGAUUUCUGAUUUGACAUUUCUUUUUACACUCACUUUGCAAAGAAUGCAACAGGCCAUUUCUUCACAGGCUGUUUCUUCUCUAGGUAAAGCUACUGCAGUUGUGUUUUUACUGCUUUAGUUUUCUGUGGUGUUAGAAGUCUAACAUAAACCAUAAAUCUAACAUAUAAAUAUGAAUCUUCUUAGUUAUUUGUGUUCUCACUCUCCUCCAAAGUAAAGUAUUGCAUCAUUACAGAUGGUAGUAGUAGGUAACCAGACUUUUCUGGAAUGCUUACUGUGAUGUGGAACACAUCCAGAAUUUCAUCUAGGUUUCACUUCCUACAUUUUAAAACCGUGAAAGGCUUUUCUUUGAGGAUAUUUAUAGAAAGCAGUUGUUUAGUUAUACAAGUGCAGAGUUAAUCUUAACUGCAUCUCAGUUGAUAAGAUUGCAUCCAAUAUUCCUUUUAUUUUUUAAUGAACUGUUGACUGUUUUGUCAGGGAAAGUGCACUGAUUUUGUCUAUGUUCCACAGAAGAAAUAUGACUAAAUACUGGAAUGGCCUCAGAAAUAAUAAUUCAGGGAUAUUUCUGUAGUUCUUCAUAUAUGUUCCUGAAGUGUUUCCAUAAUCUUUUAAAAUAAUAAACCAUACAAACCCCUACUUACAAGGUAUAUCAAAUUAUAUUUGGAAAGAGAGUGUACAUGCUGAGAAGCAGCUUCUUUGUCUUUUGGGGUCUUCAGGCUUUUUUCUUUUGAAGCGUUAAAAACUCCCACAUACAGUCCAGUCACAAAUGAGUGCUCAAGGGAAGAUCGUAAGAGGCUGUUCAUGCAAAGCUGUAUUGAAAGCUUAGCCAGUUCCAGUUAACGUUGCCUGAAUGGAAUUGGAGAAGUAUAAGGAGUAUGUGCUACAGCUUCACCAUUGCCCAGCUGAAGGGCUCCUUUUAUGAUAUAAAAUUUGUCCAAAUUCCCUUUGGAGUAGGUAUUGGUAAAACGAAGUUGUUUAUGAAUUUUUUUCUUAGUUGUUUAUACUGAUUGAUUUGUGAAACUUCUAAAGCAUUUGUACAUUAAAAGAUGCACAAACUGAAUAGUUUUGAUGAUUUUCUUGGCAUACAUUUUGUACUAAGUUCCAGUGGAUUCUGAAUAUGAUUUUUAAAGCAGAAGAUGAUUUAACUGAAACACUUUCAACUGAAGAAAACUUUUGUUUGUGUGAAGCCUGUAUGGUUUGCUGAUAAUUCAGAUGUUCUGAGGGCACAGCUAGUUCCAGGUGUAUAUCCUCUGUGAAAGACUUUUAUGCAUAGUCUUUUAACCAUUUUCCUUAGUGAGACCAGAGCCUGAAUUGCUGAUGCGUAUUGCAUUUGCACUUAAAUACCUGAUUUCAGAGUGUGUUAAACCUUGAUCUAUUUUUGAUAAAAAAAGGAAUGUAGCAUUUUUAUCUAAUUUCCAUUUAAUGAUAAGUAUGUUCAUGCAGAGAAAAACAUAUAAUUAUGGCUUGAUGCAGUGAUUUUUAAGCCAAGAAAACAGCAGGAUGGCAGUAGUAAAUCUGAAAUGAAGAUGCACGUCUCUUCAGAAAGUCUGACUUCUGGUUUCUUCCAUCUCUCUUUAUACCAAAUUGAUGUCUCCGUUAUUCCAGAAUUAUACAGGUGAAGCAAGGACCAGAACUUAUACUUUUUGUUUCUAAAAAGUGAACAUCGGCUUUUCCCUGGAGUGUCUUUGUCUUGUCACUUCAUUUUCUGAGGGGGAUCAGUUAAAUGACAAAUAGAGAAUAAAUAUUUUAAUUAAAAUCAAAUUUAAACUAUUAAUUAUUUUGAAAUUCUCUUUAUUAAUAGAGAUCUAAUGAAUGGAAAUAAAGGCCUAUAUUGCAAAUAUUGAACAGUGCUUAUAUAUUUUUAACAAAAUCAGUAUGUAUAUGAAAAUUUGAAACGUGUAAAGGUGAAAAUUGGAAGAUUGUUCUUGUAUUGAUAGGUUUAUAAAUUGAAAUUCUUAAGAUCCAAUACUAAAACCCUAUGAAAGGGCUAGUGAAAAGAAAAUAUAAUGUAUCCUGAUGAACAGCCUGUGUAAUACAAUCAAUGGGUGUGAUGUUUUUGUUCUGUAUUAUAUUUAUUAUAUCUAAACAAUAAAGAUUAUAAAUCUUACUUUCUUAA